UCAAAUGGCCGCGUGCGGCAGACAAAAGCGCAUGAAAAAUUCAUAAACUUCGUAUCAGCAGCAACAACAGCAACAUAAUCAACAGCAACAUCAUCAUCAACAACAGCAGCAGCAGCAGCAGCAGCAUCAAUGUCGAGCGUAGAGCCAAUGAACGGCUGCAGUUGAAAUAACCAACAACAUAGUACAACGUCAACAUGCAAAUUGCCUGGCAAGCAACCAAACAGCUACAAACAGCAGCGACAGCGACAGCGACAGCAGGCAAACAAUAAAAAAAGCAGCACAACAAUAGCAAUAAAGCAAUAACAGCAACAACAAGCAGCAGCAGCAGCAGCGACAGCUAAAUGGGCGACAGCGCAGCCAACGCUUUGGCUUUAGGUGUAGGCAUUGCUGGCAUGGAUUUGCCAGCAAGCAGCAACAGCAUAGCAACAACAACAACAAGCACAAGGACAUUGAAGCACAGCAACAGCAAAGCUACGCUUCCGUUAAGGAUGCGAGCAAACGGAAGUUAUUUUGGUCGCUUGAACGUGCGCAGCUAUCUCAUCUAUUUGUGCUGCUAUCUGCUGCUGAUAAUGGCAGCAGCUGGCAACAACAAUGUGGUUAACGGACUCAAAUGCUAUUGCAAUCCAAAGGAAUGCGACGUCAUACGCGCUCUAGACUGCCCCGGCAAGGGUUUGAUGCUAUGGGAUCCAUGCCAAUGCUGUCGCAUUUGCGCUAAAACGUUGGGCGAAUCCUGUGGCGGUCCCGGCGGCUUUUCCGGACAAUGUGAGCCGCCCCUACAGUGCGUGACCAAGCUGCCCAUUAGCAGUGGUCUGGGCGUCUGCAUGGACCUGCAACACCUGACGGCGCUCACAUACAACCAGCAACUGAGCAACUGCAGCGAGGGCGAGGCCAUCGUUUUGGAACCGGGCUGUGAGAUUACCAACAAACGCUGCCAGUGCUGGCCCACAAUGCGCACCUGUCUCAGUCAGCUGUCCAUCGAUGGCGCCUCUGUUAGCGAUUCGCGUUGGCAUUUCAAAAAUCUUGAGGACUGCCAAUUGAAUUUGCAAAAUCUAAUUAAACUCGAAUUGGAAUUCGAUGAAGACUAUAAAAUCUCACCGAGCAAAUUUACAUAUAAAAAGUUACGCAGAAAGCGAAAAUCGCUGCGAAAGCGCAUCAUCAUUUUGCAGCAUGAUGCGGACAGCAGAGCAGCCGUAUAAACGUCCCAAAUAUUUCGCAUAAAUAAAAUUCUUGUACAGUUAGUAUGCUUACUUCUAUGAAAUAUGGCUAUUAUAAAAUAUGAUAAUAAACAAUAUAUAC